AUGGCUGUAUCCGAACCAGAUCUCGUGAUUCCCUUAAUCAUUGACGGAAAAGAAGAGAAUGGCAGCAGUACAUUCGACGUCGUGAGUGCAACAACUGGUGAAGUCUGCUGGAAAGCAGCAUCAGCAAGCUCUGAAGAUGCAAUUCGAGCUGUCGAAAUUGCAAAGAAGGCUUUCCCUUCCUGGUCCAAGGUUAAACCAUCGGAGAAGCAAAAACUACUCUUUAAAGCAGCGGAUCUUUUGGAGAGUCGGAUAACAGAGUAUGGAAACAUCAUGCAAACAGAAAUGGGUGGAGCGGUAGGGCCGGUCCAAGGAUGGAUUCUUCCUACUGCUGUGUCACUCCUGCGAGAUAUUGCAAGUCACAUUCCCUUGGUGACUGGUAGUGUUCCUAGAGUUGCAGGUGAGGGACAAAGUGCUAUGAUCUGGAAAGAACCAUAUGGGGUGAUCUUAGGAAUUGCGCCUUUCAAUGCGCCAUUUGCAUUAGGCAUGCGCGCGGCAGCCACCGCAAUUGCGACUGGGAACACAACAGUGCUCAAAGGCUCUGAAUUGACACCUAGAUGUUAUUGGGCAUUAGGAAGGGUAUUCCACGAUGCGGGGUUACCAGCGGGUGUUCUGAACAUUAUUUAUGUCAAAUCAACCGACGGUGCAAUGGUCACAAACGCCAUAAUAAGACACCCGGCAGUGAGGAAGAUAAAUUUUACAGGAAGCACGGAAGUAGGCAGCAAGAUCGCUCGUACUUGCGGAGAGAACCUUAAACCAUGCUUGAUGGAGCUUGGAGGAAAGAACAGUGCGAUCGUAUGUGCCGACGCUGACUUACAAAAAGCCGCCAUGGAAUGUAUCCUUGGAGGUGUUUUGCAUUCUGGUCAGAUUUGCAUGUCGACAGAUCGUAUAAUCAUUCACGCCGACAUAGCAGACAAAUUCUUGGAGAUUUUGAAAGCAACUUUCUCCGCUAUUGCAUCAUCAGCGCCUGAUCCACCACUUGUUGUCAAUGCUGCUGCAAAAGCUAGAUUGCAGGAGGUAGUCUCAAAAGCUUUCUCAGAAGGAGCUUCUAGUCUUAUUGGAGGUACGGAAGAGUUACAGCCAAAGGAAAGCCAUGGACCAUCUCCAGUAAUAUUUACACCCAUGAUCAUUGGAGAUAUAAAAGAAGACAUGCCAUUAUGGCGUGAUGAAAACUUCGGGCCUGUGGUAGCAUACAGAAUUGUCAAGUCUGAUGAAGAAGCUAUAGAAAUGGCAAAUGAUACCGAGUAUGGGCUAUCAGCAGCCGUGUUUACUCAAGAUUUGCGAAAAGGUUUUGCCAUCGCAAAGCAAUUGGAGUCUGGGGCUGUUCAUAUCAAUAGUAUGAGUGUUCGAGAUGAGCCUGCUUUGCCAAUGGGAGGCGUGAAGAAGAGUGGUUGGGGUAGAUUUAAUACCGUCCUUGGGAUGGAGGAGUUUUUGAUUACAAAAUCAGUGACUUGGGAUGAUUGA